AUGAUGCUGCAUCUGAUUCCUGUCGUGCUGGUCUCCGUAUGUGUUGCCGUAGAAGGUGUCUGCACAUCGAAUAGUUUUUACCUGAGCGGUGCAGAUGAUUACUUCGGGAUUUCAGUAGGUACAAGUGGAGCUCGCACAAUCGAUGGUUGUUACAAGGAACUAGAUCAUUUAACAGACACAAUCGGGUACUCUAAAUUCGGAGCUUAUGAAGAUGGACCUGUUCUGGCGAGCAUAGAGUGGAGCCCCUCUGUUGGACACGUCUGGCUGAUGUACCAUUACGAGGCCGAAAUCAACGCUGAAUUUGGAAAUUUUCUUUCCGGUGUAAGUGAGCUGAUAUUGUACGCUAUGAAGCCUGAAAUCCACCCAGCCGACCAAGAAGCUUGGUACCAACAGGUCGGGCGUUCUCCUGUUAAUAUUACGGAUGAACUAUCUGUCGCGUGUGGAUGCAAUGUUUCUCCAACUCCGAAACCAGUUCUUCCUAAAGGUGUCUGUAAAUCGAACAGUUUUUACUUGAGCGGUGCAGACGAUUACUUCGGGAUUGCAGGAGGUGUGAGUGGAGCUGGUGCACUGGAUGGUUGUUACAAGGAACUAGAUCAAUUAUCGGAUACAGUCGGUUACUCUAAAUUCGGAGGUUAUGAAGAUGGACCUGUUCUGGCGCGCAUAGAAUGA